UUUGGUUCAAGGCUUUAAAGUAACCUUGUCGAUUCGAGAUGUUUUCGAGAUACGCGUUCUAUAUAUUAGUGAUCACAAUACCAGUAUGGGGUGACGGUCCAAAAGGAUCUUCCAGGUUGAACAUGCCACUCUGGGAUGUAAGUGAUCUUUACUCACGGUUAUUUGGCGCAGCAAGCACCACCCAACCUCCACAGGCGUCCCAAGAAAAUCCAUCCGCAGCUGCUCCUUGGGACGCUUAUUACAACGCGCUAAUUCAGGAAGCUUACCACAAAAAGAAAGGGUUAUACUCCACAAGCAAUCUGCAGCCUGUUGAUCCUUUGCCUCUGCCUGUACCUGUCCCAAUGCCCCUCCCUCGUCCCCCUCGGCCUCUAAGGCCUCUGAGGCCUCAACUUCCGAAUCGUCCAAGACCAAGGCCAACUAGAAAUCCCACUAGAAGAAGCACGACAACCAGGCGGCCAACUACAACUACUAUAAAAACAACAACCACAUCAACGGCAUCUUCAGUUUCUGUAUCGAGUUCUUCAUCCACUAGUGUUCCUACAACAACUGAGACGGUAAACAGCACAACAAUCGCACCCACAUCCAAUUCAACGACAGAACAAUCAUCGACAACGGGAGGAUCCUCUACAACGGGUGGUACUUUCACAUCAUCUUCAACUACAGAAACGGCCAUUUUAUCUUACCGAAUCAGAGGAAAUAAACUAAAACAAGCUACUACAGCCAAUCCGUUAUAUUCGUAUCAAAGUCAACUGCAGAGUAGUCCCCUUUUAACACCGACGGUUCUUAGUUUAGAGGGACAACCAACCUCCUCUGGCGCCCUCCGUCCUGAGUUGCAGUUAACAGUGCAAUCGGAGCCUCAGUCCAUGACGACGCUGUGCCACAAUUAUCCGCGACUGUGUUCGCAGCCCGAGGAAGCGCAAUAUGUAAGGCUAACUGACGGAUUUGGCAAGCCUCUGCUUCUUAUAUCGCCUGGAGGCUUAGCUAAACCUCCACUUUUAACGACAACCAUUGCUCGUCCCCUUUAUUCAGAACCAAGGCCCUUGGGUUUGCGGCCACCCCGAAGAAAGAAUCCCUCCAGGAGUAAAUAUAUUUACCGUUUAAUCAAAACAAAAAAUAACCAACGACUCUAACUUAUUUCUGUUUAAA